UAGGUAUGGUGUGAGAAUGCGGCAUGGCAUGGAGUUGUCCUUUUUAAGGAGAGUCGAUGAUGUCCAACGCUCAAGCUACAUGCAGUAGAUCAGGCAAUACAUACACACGUGCAUAGACUCAUUUCUUCCAUGGCCUCCUCUUCAUUCUCUUCUUCAGUCAUGACCUCUCCAUGGCCUUACGAUGUGUUCUUGAGCUUUACAGGAAAAGAUACCCGUGAUACUUUUACUGCCCAUCUCUACCAUCAUUUGACUCAAAAGGGAAUCAUCACCUACUUAGAUGAGGAUGGGCUUAGACGAGGUGAUGAAAUUUCACGAGCACUUCUCCAAGCUAUAGAAGAUUCAAGGAUUUCCAUCAUUGUACUCUCAAAAAAAUAUGCAUGGUCAACAUGGUGUUUGGAUGAGUUAGUGAAGAUUCUUGAGUGUAAAAAAUCAAAGCAACAAACAGUUUUGCCUGUGUUUUACCACGUAGAUCCAUCAGAUAUUCGACAUCAAAAAGGAACUUUUGGAGAAACAUUGGCUAAACAUGCAGAGAAAUUGAAUGGAGAUAGCGUGAAGUUGCAGAUGUGGAAGGAUGCCCUUCGAGAAGUUGCUAAUUUGUCCGGAUACCAUCUGGACAAAAAUGGCCGGAAUGAAUCAAAAUUCAUUGAAAAAAUCGUUCAAGACGUUUCAAGAAUGGCAAACAAUCAUUUAUAUUUACAUGUUGCCGAGCAUCCCGUUGGAUUAGAACCUCAUGUAGAACAUGUCAAUUUGCUUUUAAACGUUGAAACGAAAGACAUACGAAUGAUAGGAAUUUUUGGAGUUGGGGGAAUUGGUAAGACAACUCUAGCCAAAGCAAUUUAUAACUUGAUUGCUUUUCGAUUCGAAGCUAGUUAUUUUCUUCCAAUUGAUAGCGACACUAGCAAUCAAGUGAAUCGUUUGGUCCAACUGCAAGAGGCACUUCUUUUUAAGAUUUUUGGACACUGUAGAAGUUUGGAGGUUGACAAUAUUUAUACAGGAAUCAAUAUGAUAAAGCGUAGGCUUCGUUCUAAAAGAGUUCUUCUAAUUCUUGAUGGUGUACACCACUUGGAUCAAUUAAAAAAAUUAGCAGGAGCUCGUGAUUGGUUUGGUGAAGGAAGUAGAAUCAUCAUCACAACAAGAGAUAAAAACCUGUUGACUACUCAUGGCGUUGAUCCAACAUAUGAGAUGACGGGAAUGAAUCAAGAUGAUGCUUGUCAACUAUUUUGUAGGCAUGCUUUCCAAAGAGAGAAACCGGUUGACGGUUAUGGAGAGUUUGUAGAACAGAUCGUAAAUUAUGCUCAGAGGCUUCCACUAGCUUUAACAGUGCUUGGUUCGGAUUUAAAUGGUAGAAGUGAAAAAAGUGAGUGGGAAAGUGCAUUGGAUCAGUACAGGAAAAUCCCUCACCAAGAUAUUCAAAAAAUACUUCAAACAAGUUAUGAUAGAUUAAGUGAAAAUGAACAGAAUGUUUUUCUUGACAUUGCAUUUUUUUUCAAUGGAGAAAAGCUUGAUGAUGUCAUUAAGAUACUAGAUAGUUUUGGUUUUUGCCCAAACUCUUGCAUCCCAAGACUUAAGGAGAAGUGCCUUAUUUCGGAGGAUUUCAACGGAAGAUUGCAAAUGCUCGACUUGUUAUGAGAUAUGGGUAGAGAAGUUGUUCGACAAGAAUCGCCCAAAAAUCCUGGAGCACGUAGCAGAUUAUUCUUUCAUAAAGAUGUUCGCGAAGUACUGGAGGAAGAUAUAGGAACAUGUAGAGUUGAAGCAAUUGUUCUAGAUUUUCCUAAAGGUGAUGACAUUAUCUACUUGGAUCCCAUGGCCUUCAAGAAUUUGAAAAGACUCCGAUUAUUUAUAUGCCGCAAUGCACAGUUUUCUGAAGAACUUAAUUCUCUACCUGAUGGAAUAAUAGUGCUUGAUUGGAGUAGCUGUCCUUUGCAAUCUAUGCCAUCUACAUUUCGUGGGGACAAACUCUCUAUUCUACGCAUGUCCGGUAGUCGCAUCCAAGAGAUACACUCGGAAUAUUUUAAGAAUCUCACGGUUAUGAAAUUAUGGUUUUGUGAAUUCAUAACGAAACUCUCGGAUAUUUCAAGCUGCCCAAAUCUGAAGGAAAUAGAUCUUGAUUUUUGUAAAAAUCUAGUUGAAGUUCAUGAUUCUGUUGGAUUCCUUGAUAACCUUGUUGAGUUGAGAAUUCGUGCAUGUGACAAACUAAAGAGCUUUCCAAGGAGACUCCAAUUGAGAUCUCUGCAAGACCUUGAACUUAGUGGUUGCUCAAGCCUUCAAAACUUUCCUGAAAUCGAAUGUGAAAUGAAACAUUUACGCAUUCUUGGAUUAGAGGGCACCGCAAUAGAAGAAUUGCCUUCAUCCAUUGGGUACCUCACUGGGAUUCUAUAUUUAGGCCUGAGUAGCUGCGUAAACCUUAAGCGUAUGCCAAGUAGCAUUUAUCAGUUGAGAUCUCACUGUAUUAUUCAGCUCAGCUUUUGUCCAAAUCUUAUAAGUUUUGGGAUGGAGGAGGAGGAGGUGCAUAAUGGGUUAUAUGCUUCUCUCGGGAACCCAGGGCCUUCAGGUGCGGGAGGAGUUAUACGCGAUCAUAAAGGAGAUAUGCUUCUUGGGUUCUCAAUAUUUACUGGGACUCAGUCUAAUAAUGCUGCAGAGUUUAUGGGUCUGCUCCAAGGCUUGCGAAUAGUGCGUUUUCUGAGGAUCCAAAACGUAGAGAUUGAGAUGGAUUCGAUGUUGGUGUUAGAGUGGUUAAGAAAGAAGAGAUGUGGCCUCUGGUAUUUGGAGGACUAUUGGGAGGAACUUAUGAAGCUGUUGGAUGGACUUGUCUUUCGCUAUCGGCAUAUUUAUAGAGAAUGUAAUUCACUAGCAGAUGGCUUUGCUAGGUUGGGUGGUUCAGGGGUUAGUAAGGUGUGGAAGCAUGUUUCUGAGUUUCCGAGCUAUCUUAGAGGUCUUUUUCGAUUGGAUAAGGGGGGCUGUUUUUCUAUUCGUUUAUAAGGGGUUGGUUUUGUAUAGGUUGCUCUAGGACUUUUAUUUUAUGUCUGUCUUGUCUCCCACGGUUUCUCCUCAGCCUUUUUGAGGAUUUUUCUUUGA